ACAUCUCCUCACCGAAUAGCACUAGCCGCUUGCCCGAGGUCUCAGCAGGAACUGACAGCCCCAGCAGGAUGAAGCCUUCCAUUGCCAUCAUUUUGUGUCUCUUGGUCCUGGGAGUUGACAGCCAAAGGUGGCUCGAGUUCAUUAAAGAAGCUGGUCAAGGAACUAGAGACAUGUGGCGAGCUUACUCUGACAUGAAAGAGGCCAACUGGAAAGGUGCAGACAAAUACUUCCAUGCUAGAGGGAACUACGAUGCUGCCCAAAGGGGACCAGGAGGAGCCUGGGCUGCUAAAGUGAUCAGUGAUGCCAGAGAGGAUAUUCAGAGGUUCACAGGACGUGGAGCAGCAGACUCAAGAGCUGACCAGUUUGCCAACAGAUGGGGCCGGAGUGGUAGAGACCCCAACCACUUCCGACCUGUUGGCCUGCCUAGUAAAUACUGAGUUUUCUCUUGAUGUUCCCAGCCGUGCAGACCCCAAGAAAAGAGGCAAUUACUGAAUUGAAUUAGUUCCUAACUAAAAUCUGGAUCCCUAAGCACCACCAAAAUGUUGAAUAAAUACUUGUGAAAUGCAA